AUGGGUGCCAUUAAUCCUGCCGAUAAAAUCGUGGAAAUCUAUGUUAAUGGAGAACAAGUGGAGUUUCUACACAUGCGUUUGGGUAGUGCUGGUAGUGCUUAUUUUGUUGAAGAUGUUAAUUCACCUCUGAUUGAUAGUGACUCUGAAUCCAACACCUCAGGAACAUCCUAUGCAUUUUUGGACUCUAGCGAGCCUAUCAUGAGGGUUCGUUCGGUCGAAGAUAUAAGUAAAAAGCCCGUCAUGCAAUAUAGGAAUCGUCGUCGUCGCAGGAAAUACACUAAAGACGUUAUUGUAAAUAAAGGCCAACCAAAUUUCACAGAAACUCCAAGAACUUACGAUUUUCCCUGCAACUCACCCGCUUCUAUGUCGGACAGUGAAAUCGAAAAACAAUAUACCGAGAGGAUUCCUAUAGAGAGCUGUAAUGUAAAUUCUUGGAAGCCAGUGGGUUUCUUAGAGGAGUUGCGUUCUUCCACCGACCAAUCUCCAUCAAUAUUCACGCGAGCCCGGCAAGCUUCCGUACAGGAGGGUGUCUAUUUAGAAGAUCUUGUAACUUCGUCGGUCGAUGAAAACUUUAAACAGGCCUAUUUAUACGUUGCCAGUCAAGAUGAAAGGAAAAAAAGUCAAUAUAGAAGUCAAGAAUCGAAUGCAGUCGAUGCGGGUUAUCGGUCAGAUCCGGAACACUCCAUCUACAGACCAAUGGAAACUACAAAUCAGAUUUUCGAACUAAAGCUUUCACUUUGCGGCGGUCUUUCUGCGGAUUCUCAAAUUAACUACGAUCAAUUUUGUGCUCAUCUGGUCACGUUCGAGGAAUUUUCGAAAGAUCCCGCUGUUGUUGUCGCAGAUCCAAAUCUCGUUUUACUUUUAAACGGAAAAUUCUAUAAUUGGAAUACUGCUGCCCCAAUGAUACUAAGCUAUGCUUGCUUUCGAACUGAGUUACCUUACAGUUCAAUAAUUCGUUUAGCAGAAACAUUUAUGCCCAAAAAACGGCCUCGUCGCAGAGCCUGGUUCACUUGGGCAACAAGCGAACCUGAUCCGUUACCUGCCUCAAACUCUGAAGUCAAGGAUGUUUUGUCAGAAUCACCGAUACUUGAAUCAUCUGGAACUCAAAACGUCACUCCCACAUCCGUAGCUGCUGGUUUACAGAGAACAGAUGAAACUCAAUGCCCUCGGCGGAGAAUUACUCUCACCUCUGAAGAAAUAGAUGGUUUGGGUUUGAAACCUGGGGCAAAUGACAUUGAGUAUCGCAUCGUCACGAAGUAUCAGGGUACUGCCAGUUGUACGGCGAAAAUUUAUCUUUGGCGGUCAGACGAUAAAUUGGUUGUAUCUGACGUUGAUGGGACUAUAACCCGUUCGGACAUCCUUGGCCACGUUCUACCUAUGUUAGGUCGUGAUUGGACACAUGACGGAGUCGCCGAAUUGUACUCAAAGGUGGCUGAAAAUGGCUAUAAAUUUGUCUACCUUUCAGCUAGGGCUAUCGGCCAGGCCGGAGUUACGCGUAAUUACAUUGAACAGGUGCUCCAACGCGAUAAGUUCCGUCUUCCCGACGGUCCAAUACUUCUAUCCCCCACAUCCCUUUUUGACGCCUUUCAUCGGGAGGUAAUCGCUGGGACACCAGAGGUUUUCAAAAUUGAGUGUCUCAAGCAAUUAAAAAACCUAUUUGGGCCAGACUCCAACCCUUUCUUUUCUGCAUUCGGAAAUCGUGCGAAUGAUGUGAAGGCCUACAUGGAAUCUGGAUUUGAGUUAGGUCGGAUCUUCACCGUGAAUUCGAACGGUGAACUGCGAAAUGAGUACCUCCCUGUUAUCAGUAAUUCCUUUGAUGACAUGGUUCGCCUCGUAGAUCACCUCUUCCCCUGCAUUCCACCUAAGGCGUCUGAUUACGAUCUUUCUGAAUCGGACGAUGAGGUCAUGUUGCAAGUUAAAAGUGGAAACGUCCCUGUCGAUGUGUCAGUUUUCUCAUCUUUCACCUUCUGGCGUGAUCCUGCCUUGGGACCAGUAGGCGAUCCUGAAUUUUCUCAUGCGGCGGAGUGUGUGCGGGAAAUCGCAGACACCCUUCCUAGUGAAACACUCUUAUACUUAUACUCAAGAUACAAACAGGCCACAGAGGGACCAUGUAAUACCCCGCAGCCUGGGUUCUUGGAGUAUAAAGCUCGACAAAAGUGGAAUGCCUGGAAAGCUCUUGGGGAUCUCUCCUCAGAGGAGGCGAAACGGGACUAUGUUCAGAGAGUGUCAGAAAUAGCACCAAAUUGGACAAGCAAGUCAGUUUAUUGCCGGACAGGUCCUCGUGUGAGCCGUCUGGCGUUUGCGGGGGAGAUGAACGGAGGAAAGGAGGCCAUAAGUGACACACAGUCUACCCCUCUCAUAGAACUUGUCAAAGACGGUGUUCUCGGUGCAGUUGAGACCUUCCUCCGAGAAAAUCCCUCAGCAAUCAAUAAAACGGACUCAGGUGGUUUGACUGCAUUGCACUGGGCUGUUGAUCGAGGCUUCCUUGAGAUUGUCAAUACUUUAGUCAGUUGCGGUGCCAACAUUGACGCCCAAGAUGCCGAGGGACAAACGCCCCUGCAUUACGCCUGUUCCUGCGAGCGCCAAGACGUGGCGAAGCUUCUGCUAAGUCGAGGCGCUGACUCUUCCAUCCGCGAUGCCGAUGGUGAGACCCCUUCCGUGGACUUUCUCCAGCGUGCUCCUUCCAGCUAA